AUGGCGUCCGCCGAUUAUCAACCGCUCGGCGGAGGCGUCCGCCAAAACUUACCAUGGCACAAACAGGGCAUUUGCAGGGUAAUGCAGGGCAUAGGGCAUGCCCUGCCCUGUUCCAAGCUAUGCCCUGCCCUGCCCUGUAAAAAAAUUUCAAAUCAUGCCCUAUGCCCUGCCCUGUGUCCAAGCCUGCUUAUAACUACUACUAUAUAUUACUAUUCUUAGUUGUUGUUUUAAGUAUAUUCAUUGCUUUAAUAAAUAUAUGACUAAAAUAAUGAGUUUCCGGGCUUUUGACGCACCCUGUAUGAUAUGUUUGACAGCCUCCCUUUUACUUUUAGGAGCAGUGUGAACCAAAUUCGAAGCUUUGACCGAUUCUGCCAGACCUACUUAAAACUCUACUGGAGUUUGUAGGAUUCUCAACCAGACCUCCAGUAUCCGGAUUCGUACAGAAAGACAAACAGGUGAAUUGGGCACAGCAAAACCUGGUUUCCUUCGCCGAGUUGUCUCUUCGUACUAGUGUAGCAUAUUACUCCAAGGUCUACAACUAUCCAGAAGUGUUGGAACAGCAAGUGUUUGUCAAGUUUAUCUAAGUUUUCUAAUGGAAUCACAUUCCACUUUAUCAUUCUUGUUCUACGUUAUUUAUUCAGGCGAUCAAGGAACCACUGUCUUUGAAGUACCAAUGCCCCAGUCAGACCACGUGGAAGAUAGCAGCCAACUUUUUUGUCCAAAUUUGCGGUAUUGGACUGCCAAUUGCGCGGGAAAAUGGUAAUUUUUAAAAAUUUUUGGUUGUUAUCAUUAAGUAAGUGUCAAUUUAAACGUAAUAUUUACAUUACUAUUGCAGUGGUUCAAUUCUCUGGCCUGUGGAACGUCUUGGCCGAUGCCAUCGAAGACUUUUUGUUCACCAAAUCCAAGUCAGAAACACCUCUGAAUGCAGAUGAACGGAAGCGACACGAAUACAUUGACUGUCAGAUAAUAGAGCUGGUCCGAGUGGAAGUCCUACCGUAUGCUUCUCGGCUGCCUCGAGAGUUUAUGCAACGAAUGAUCGAGAUUCUGAAUCGAGGCUCGAUUAACACGAUGGAUUCGAAUGAUGUGAUGGGUGAGUCUACCUCUAACCCCUCAACGCUUACCCCAGUCUGUUCCGCCUAG